UUGGAAACUUUCAUGCGUUUGCUCCAGACUCCAGUACCCACAACACCUUAGAGCCCAACAGCCGAAGUGUGAAAUAAAUCAAAAAGGAAAUCUCACCGUCACUGCUGUUCGUCAGAACAACUCGCAGAUGGGACAUUCCGGCGCUCAGUUGUCUUCGUUGUUGACGGAUUUCUUAAGCAAGUCCGGUGGCGUCGCCAUUAUUGACGGUGGUCUCGCCACGGAGCUCGAGAGGCACGGUGCUGACCUCAACGAUCCCCUUUGGAGUGCCAAGUGUCUUCUCACUUCUCCUCACCUUAUCCGUACGGUGCACCUUGACUAUCUAGAAGCAGGUGCUGAUAUUAUUAUCACAGCAUCUUAUCAGGCCACCAUUCAGGGUUUUGAAGCAAAAGGAUUCUCUAGUGAAGAAAGUGAAGCUAUGCUUAGAAGAAGUGUGCAAAUUGCCUGUGAGGCAAGGGAUAUUUACUAUGAGAGAUGUAAAUCAGGAGCUUCCGAUGGUAAUAAAGACAGUAGGGUUAUGAAAGAGCGUCCCAUUUUAGUUGCAGCUUCUGUUGGCAGCUAUGGAGCUUAUUUAGCUGAUGGAUCUGAGUACAGUGGGAAUUAUGGUGAUGAAGUUACCUUGGAAACCUUGAAAGUUUUUCAUCGCAGAAGAGUUCAGGUAUUGGCUGAAUCAGGUGCUGACCUCCUUGCAUUUGAAACAGUUCCAAAUAAGGUAGAAGCUCAGGCUUAUGCUGAGCUCUUAGAGGAAGAAAACAUAAAGGUUCCAGCAUGGUUUUCCUUUAACUCUAAGGAUGGAGUCAAUGUGGUUAGUGGUGAUUCUUUGGUAGAAUGUGCUUCAAUCGCUGAAUCGUGUGGGAAAGUAGUCGCUGUGGGAAUCAACUGCACUCCUCCUAGGUUUAUCCAUGGACUUGUAUUAUCUCUCAAGAAGGUGACUUCCAAACCAAUACUUAUAUAUCCAAACAGUGGGGAGAACUAUGAUGCUGAUCUAAAGGAGUGGGUGCAAAAUACUGGUGUAUCAGAUGAAGGUUUUGUGUCAUACGUAAACAAAUGGUGUGAGGAUGGGGCUUCCCUUGUUGGCGGUUGUUGUAGAACAACUCCCAACACCAUCAACGCUAUAUAUAGGACUCUUUCCAAUAGAUCUUCUGCUUUGCCUCUGUAGCUGCCAGUCAACCACCAUGAUUUGACAUAGGAGCAAAGCAAUUACAAGUCUAACGAGGCUAUUAAAAGGGUUUUGAUGGUAUUUUUGCCCGCAGUUGUGAUGCGGAAAAGAGGGUUUGAUAUAGCCUAUGAUGAAGGUCAGGGUUGAACUUUUGUUCUCGCAGCUGAGGCAUCUUUGGUGAGCUACUUAUCGGGUGAAUAUCACUAGUUGCGUGCUAGCAAUCUUAGGUGUGAGUUUAGUCUCAUUUUCUGUUUUAGCCUUCUCAUGUAUAUUGGAAGAUUGGGUUCUAUGUUAAGGCCAACUUGAGCUAUUUAAUUACGUAAAACCUUUUGGUGACUGGAAAUUGGUUGGAAUCUCAUUAACAUUAACUAGAAUGCGAGUGAGACAAGGCUGUUGAAAACUUUUGGCCA